CGUAUUUAGAUCCGACUCCACGUCUCAGCAGCCAGCCGGAAAGAAAGGAAAAACAUGGCGGAAACAGAGGGAAUUGGAGACGGCAGUAAGCAGCUGUUUGCAGGAUUAUCAAAUGUAUCGAUAUCAGGAGAUAUUCCGGUUGAGGGGGAGAUCACUGUCCCCAUGGCCUCAACCUCACAAGAGGAUGACUUUUCCACACUGGAUGAGCCGGUUAAAGACACCAUAAUGCGGGACCUGAAGGCUGUCGGCAAUAAGUUUGUUCAUGUUAUGUAUCCUAAAAAGAGCACAUCACUUCUUAGAGAUUGGGAUUUGUGGGGUCCUCUGGUGCUGUGUGUUUCACUUGCCUUAAUGCUGCAGGGCGGCAAUGCUGAUAGCAAAGAUGACGGAGGACCUCAGUUUGCUGAAGUUUUUGUCAUCAUCUGGUUUGGGGCUAUAAUUAUCACUCUAAACUCCAAGUUGCUUGGUGGUACCAUUUCCUUCUUCCAAAGUCUGUGUGUGCUGGGUUAUUGCAUCUUACCCUUGACCGUGGCUAUGGUGGUGUGUAGGCUGAUGCUUCUGUUGAGUAACAAGACCGCAAGUUUCAUCGUCCGACUAGUUGUAGUGACAGUCAUGUUUGCCUGGUCCACUUUUGCCUCCACUGCCUUCUUAGCUGACAGUCAGCCACCAAAUCGUAGAGCUCUGGCGGUCUAUCCCAUAUUCCUCUUCUAUUUUGUCAUCAGCUGGAUGGUCUUGACCUUUAACACCGUGAGCUAGGAGAAACGCCAUAGUUUUGAUCAGAUCUAAGAUUAUUUCAACCAGGAGGAUUGCACCAUAUGUCUGCUGCGAACACAAACGUCAAAGGAUGUUAAAUGAAAUCUGGCUGCAAGGCACUGUGUCCAAGAAGUCACUUUGUUUUGGGGGAAAAAAGGCUUGCACUAAAAUUAAGAAAUUUCUUUCCUUGACUGCCUUUCUGGGUUUAAAGGGAAAAAAGUAGCUGGCCGGGGCAUGGGUUACAGAUCAGUAGCAAGGGGUUAAUUAUAUUUAAAAAAGGAUAAUACAAAUAUAUAUUUGUAUUUAAACCCAGUUCAGUUGUGUAUACAACAAUGAUGCCUUCCACAGUUUCUUGUAGCUUUGGUGCAAUGAAGAGCCAAAAUGAACCCCAUGCAUGUUAGGGUUAACUUACACUCGUGGUUUAUGUAAUAUAUGCUUUAAAAUCUGAUCAUUUAAGGAGCUGGAAAAGCUACCAUGAAAUAUUUGUUAUGGAUUCACCUAAAAGCAUUUAACCCACAACACUUUUACAUGGGAUGGAUCUUCUGUGCUGCUUUUUAGGAUCUUUGGGGAAGGAAAGAACCAUCCAUAGAAUAAGAGAAACCUACAAAUUAACAGACUGACUUUUUUUUUUUUUUUUGUGGAGGAAUUUGCAUUUUCUUUUGAAAAGUAAACCUUUUGGAUGGGGUGGAUGAACAUGUUUUUUUUUUUGUUUUUUUUGUUUUUGCAAACAACUAGCCUGGCACCUCAAAAUCCCCUGGAGCACUAGUUGUAGGUAGGAGAAUGCUGGUAAAACACAGUAACUCCAGUAAGACCAAAUUCAUAUUUAGUACUGUGGCAGUAAUUUCCAAACUGCAGCACUUCAGUUCUUGAAGACAAACUGCCAGCACCCUCUGAGAGUAAAUGGCUGUGAUUAGAGUUCGAGUUCUAAUGACAGUUGAAGGAAGCAGGCUGAACUCUGCAUUAUAAAUAGCAGCACCCUAGAACAGGGCAUAUUUAGUAAAGGAAAAAAAGAGUUGGUCUCCAUUCACAGACCUGUAUAGUUUAUUUAGGGUCAUAUUUAUUAAAAUAUAUUUUCACCAUUUGAUAAAUAUUCUCGCUAAUAUACUGUUCAGGCAAAAGUGAAGCUCCUCCUGCGGCCAAAUCUCUUUUUUCACUUUCAAAAAUUUGCUCAAAAGGCUUUUUCCCCACAGUCUCCACCAUGAAGACAACCUUGUCGCAAGCCAAUCAGGUCAUACACUACCUUCCAUGUUAAAUAUAAGUAUCACUCCAAAUGGGAUCCAAUUGAUUUAUAGAAUUUGUCGAUUUAUACUCGGCACACAUGAAUAUUAUUUCUUAUUUAAACAAUUCAGUAUAAAGAAUUGAUAAUAGAAACAGAGCUCCUUGCAGAUCACCCCCAAUAGAGGGAUGGCAAAGUAUGUCUUGUCCUCCCUAUCUAAGUACAUUAUAUUCCGUUAACUGUAGAGGGCAGUUUUACAAAGGUUUGAAAGCAGGACUGGUAUUUUGUGCACAAUAGAUUGUACUGGGCAACCAAUUGGUUAUACAGUUUAGUGAACUGUUAUUGUACUGAGAAAUUUGGGCAGUCAAAUUUAAUCUUACCAAAGUAAGCUAUAGGGCACAAAAGAUUCAAGAGAAAGGCAUUUCUAUACAAGAUAGUUGACUAUAGGGUGUAUUUAUCUGUGUAUGUAGAAACACAAUAAUAGUGGUUUUGGGUAAAAGACAUAUGAAGAUAUCUAUGCAAGCACAUUUAUGUCAGACAGCAUAUUUUGUGCAGGUAUCUAUAUGGCUGUGUGUUGAUCUUUGGAUUAUGGUAUAUACAGUAGCAGAUUUGGAAUCCAUACCAUGCUGGAUAACAAGCUAUAUGCACUUAAACAACAAUGUAGGUUUAAUAUAAUUACAUUAGUUAUGCAUAGGGUUCUCCCUCAAUUGUGAAUGGAGACACGAGUACUAGAACACUACUGUUUACCCUGGCCAAAUGCAGAAUUAUAGCUCUCAGCAGCCAAAGUCUGCAAGGGGGCCUGGCAGUUGGACUUGGAGUACGAAGAGCUCAUCCUUUGACAGCUUUUCCUCUCUUCUUUCUGGGUGUGAGUAAUUUGUGGGAUGGGGGUUAGCUUGAUUUUUUUUUCUCAUUUAUUUUAAAUUAAAAGUUACAAUCUCUAUAUUUUUAAUUUAUUAAAGUUUUUUUUUUAAACCCA